UACUGGAAGUGACUGACAGCAUUGUUAGUGCUGCAGGAGCAACGAGUGGAACAGUGAGUCGGGUGAAAAGCAGAUGCUAAAAUGGAGAAAAAUACACUUAAAUUUGGGAUUUUCCUGCUGAUAUCAAGCUCUGUUUUAGAGACUUCUAACAGUUUAGUGGAGGGUUUAGAGUCAACACGGGCUUAUGACUACACCAAAUAUCACCCCAUGGAUGAGAUAUACAGGUGGAUGGAAGAUGUGGAACAAGGGAACCCUGAACUGGUCUCCUCUACUGUGUAUGGACAUACUUAUGAAGGAAGAAAAAUCACACUGCUGAAGUUCGGACUAAAAAACCCAGAGGGCAGAGAGAAGAAGGUUAUAUGGAUGGACUGUGGUAUCCAUGCUCGUGAGUGGAUUGCUCCAGCCUUCUGCCAGUGGUUUGUCAAAGAGAUUGUCAAUUCCUAUAAAACCAAUACGAAGUUGGAGCAGAUGCUGCAGAACCUUGAUGUUUAUGUUACUCCUGUGAUCAAUGUGGAUGGAUAUAAUUACACCUGGGUCAAUAGCAGUACGCGUCUGUGGAGAAAGUCUCGUUCGGACCCUCCUCCAAACAGUACCUGUUAUGGUGUCGACCUCAACAGAAAUUUUAAUGCCAACUGGGGAACGGUUGGUGUGUCAUUUGACAGCUGUUCAAACACCUACUGUGGAAAUUCAGCAGGGUCAGAGCCAGAGGCUAGAGCCGUGAUGGACAUUGUUGGUAAAAUGCAUGAACAUAUUCUGUGUUUCCUUACCAUCCACUCUGCUGGUCAACUUAUACUCUUGCCAUACGGCCACCCUGAGAUCUCUGCACCCAACUACGAUGAACUGGUUGCAGUCGGUAAGGCAGCAGCAGCAGAAAUGAAGAAGGUACAUGGGAUGGACUACACUGUAGGAACAUCUCCACAAAUCCUCUAUGCAAACUCUGGCUCAAGUCGUGACUGGGCUCGUCUCAUUGGCAUCCCAUUCUCGUAUACGUUUGAGCUUAGAGACAAAGGUGAAUUCGGCCACUUGCUACCAGAGGAGCAGAUCCAGCCGGCCUGUGAGGAGGCCUUUGCAGGAGCUCUCUCCAUCAUCACAUAUGUUCACGACAAGGCCUUCAACAGUGGUACUCUCCCUAACGCUGCUGGGGUUGCUAUAACAUUUUUGAGCACCAUCAUGGCUGUGUCUCUCUCCACAGGGGUCUUGGUGUAAACACACAAGGGUGUACCAUAGAUCAGUAUAUAUAUAGGACAUCCUGGUGGUGAGAAAUCUCUCUCAAAAUGACUAGAACAUUAAUAACUGUGGUUUCAACAAAAAUGUUUUGUAUUAUUUUGUCUGUAAUCUAUCAUAUAGCCUCCUGAGAGACAUUUACCCAAAUGUUAUUAUCAUUUAAGUG